AUGCCGCGGGAAAUCAUCACCCUACAGUUGGGCCAGUGCGGCAAUCAGAUUGGGUUUGAGUUCUGGAAACAACUGUGCGCAGAGCAUGGGAUCAGCCCCGAGGGCAUCGUGGAGGAAUUUGCCACCGAAGGCACCGACCGCAAGGACGUCUUUUUCUACCAGGCCGACGAUGAGCACUACAUCCCCAGGGCUGUGCUGCUGGACCUGGAGCCCCGGGUGAUCCACUCCAUCCUCAACUCCCCCUACGCCAAGCUCUACAACCCAGAGAACAUCUACCUGUCAGAGCACGGAGGAGGAGCAGGCAACAACUGGGCCAGUGGAUUCUCCCAGGGAGAGAAAAUCCAUGAGGACAUUUUUGACAUCAUAGACCGGGAGGCAGAUGGCAGUGACAGUCUAGAGGGCUUUGUGUUGUGUCACUCCAUCGCUGGGGGGACAGGCUCUGGCCUGGGCUCCUACCUCUUAGAACGGCUGAAUGACAGGUACCCCAAGAAGCUGGUGCAGACAUACUCCGUGUUUCCCAACCAGGACGAGAUGAGCGACGUGGUGGUCCAGCCCUACAACUCGCUGCUCACCCUCAAGAGGCUGACCCAGAACGCCGACUGCGUGGUGGUGCUGGACAACACCGCCCUGAACCGGAUCGCCACAGACCGCCUGCACAUCCAGAACCCAUCCUUCUCCCAGAUCAACCAGCUGGUGUCCACCAUCAUGUCAGCCAGCACCACCACCCUGCGCUACCCUGGCUACAUGAACAACGACCUCAUCGGCCUCAUCGCCUCCCUCAUUCCCACACCACGGCUCCACUUCCUCAUGACGGGUUACACCCCCCUCACCACGGACCAGUCGGUGGCCAGCGUGAGGAAGACCACGGUCCUGGACGUGAUGAGGCGGCUGCUGCAGCCCAAGAACGUGAUGGUGUCCACCGGCCGGGACCGGCAGACCAACCACUGCUACAUCGCCAUCCUCAACAUCAUCCAGGGCGAGGUGGACCCCACUCAGGUGCACAAGAGCCUGCAGAGGAUCCGGGAGCGGAAGCUGGCCAACUUCAUCCCCUGGGGCCCAGCCAGCAUCCAGGUGGCCCUGUCCAGGAAGUCUCCCUACCUGCCCUCCGCCCACCGGGUCAGCGGGCUCAUGAUGGCCAACCACACCAGCAUCUCCUCGCUGUUUGAAAGUUCCUGCCAGCAGUACGACAAGCUGCGGAAGCGGGAGGCCUUCCUGGAGCAGUUCCGGAAGGAGGACAUCUUCAAGGAGAACUUCGACGAGCUGGACAGAUCCAGGGAGGUCGUGCAGGAGCUCAUCGAUGAGUACCACGCAGCCACGCGGCCAGACUACAUCUCCUGGGGCACCCAGGAGCAGUGA